AUUCUCAAUGUUUCCUUUAGUUGGUUACUUAAUUACAAACUGUCCAAUUAAUAUUCAUGAUAAUUUAUAGAAAAUUUUCUUUCGUGAAUUAAAUGAAAAAGUAUUUAUGCACUAUGAUUUAUAAAAGCAACAGCUUGUUGUAUAUAUUAAUCUUAAUUUACGCACACAUUUUGAACGUUUGUGAAGCUACAAUUUCAUUUCAUCAUCAUCAAAAUGAAGUUUAUGAGGAUUUUGACAUUACAACAAUUUAUAGAAUUACAGAUAUGUCUUCAUUCAACAUCAGUAACGAGGAAGAUGGAUUCAUGAAUGAUAAUUUCUUAACUAACUGUAAUGGAAGUUGUUCAAUUGAAAUACAUUCGAGAACAAAUACUAUUGGAAUGCCACUAAAAAUCAAUAACGAUGUUCAUAUUAUGUCAACAAAUACAAAAGAAAUCAUUAAUUUUGAAUCAUUUCAGAAUAAUAGUCAAAUGAGCAUUUCGUAUGAUUCAAAUUCUUGGUCUAAAAGAAAUAUUUAUAAUAUGAAUGGUUACAGUGGAAAUUGUAACAGAAAUAAUCAUGAAAUUACCACAACUCUUUACUCCAGAAAGAGACAAAGAUUUACUACUCCAAGUUAUGCAACGGAAGUUUCAGGAAACCUAUUAAAUAAUAAUUGUUAUGACGUUUUUGAAUAUCAAUUCAAUGAUCAUUGCUUUGUAAAUCGUCCAUAUUAUAAUCAAUUAGAAAACUGUACAAUUUUUUCAUUUUAUUGGACACCCGAUAAAGAUCAAACAUGUUUAACUAUGACAUAUUAUACCUACUAUCCAGAAUAUACUUCUUUAUUUAUUACGAUGGAUAUGUACAAUGAAAAUAAUAUAGUUAUAACUUCAGCCGAUUUAAAGGGUUAUAACGGUGUACACACAUUGAAAAUUACCAAUAUUGAUUUUAAGAAUAAUGAGGAAUAUAAAUUGUCAUUAAAAAUUAGUUCAAGUGACACAUAUUAUUAUUCGCAUCAAAGAAAUGAUAUGCGAUUUGGACUCGUGCGAAUUGCAGAAUGUUCAAAUAAUUAUGAUGAAGAAGAUGUUUGGAUUGUUUCUGCGAAUAGUUUUUUUAAUAAAUAUCCUAUACCAUUCAACAUUCUGGAAAACGGCGAACCUGAAAUUAAAGAAGAAUUCUUAAAUCCCUGUUUAAAUGGUGGAUAUUUUACGAAAUUGGAAAAAUGCAUUUGUCUUCCUGGUUUUAAAGGACAAUUUUGUGAGACAGGAUGUGGGCCAAACUCUUACGGGUCUGACUGUAAAGGAGUUUGUUCAAUACGAGCUAAUAAAAUGUGUCGUGGAAUGCUAAUGUGUACAAGUUUAGGAUGUACAUGUCCAGCUGGACUAACUGGUCCAUUGUGUAACAAAGACUGCACAUUAGGUACAUAUGGAGCAGAUUGUAGAAAAAAAUGUUCCAGAAAUUGUCUUAAUAAUAUAUGUGAUCAGUAUACAGGUGUCUGCUUAAGUGGAUGCUCAGCAGGAUAUGUACCACCAUAUUGCCGUGAAAAAUAUCCAUACUUCAUAAACCCACCUACAUUGCUUUCGGCCAAUUAUGAUACAAUUGAAAUACAAUUGACUUUUCAAGAAAACAAUAUAAAAUAUGGAGUUAAAAUUACGAAUCUAAAAUAUUAUCAAUUAUUUUAUAAGUCAUUAAUAGAAAAUACAUUUAGAAGCUUAGAAAUUAAAUCUAUAAGUGAUACCAACAACAUUACAACGGAAAUUAUUAGUGAUUUAGAACCGGAUACUAUAUAUAUUGUUGGAGUAUUGUUAAUUACAAAUGAUGGGAAUUUCAAUGAUCAAGAUAUAGUGUAUGGUCAGUAUAAGACCACGUGUAUACAACCUCAAAUUACUGAUUAUAACAUAAAAUUAAUGAGUGGAAUACAAAGCGUAAACAUAACAUGGAACAUAACUACUUCAAAUCGACUAGAAUGCAAAAUUACAAAUUACGUUUUAACGUUAAUGUCAAAUCAACCACAAAAACCAAUAUCUGAUGUACAAGAAAUAAUAUCAAGUACAGAAAGUGGUCACUUUUUAGAUAAUCUACUUCCAGGUUAUCAGUAUAACAUAAAAUUAACACCUUCAACAAGUAAUAGAACGUUACCAUCUUCGCCUUUAUAUUCAUUCACUACUCUCAUGUCGAAAAAUGAUGUUCAAAUAAAAAAUAUUUCCACCAAACAUGAAAAUGGAAAAAUUAAAUUAUACUGGAUUUUGGUAAAUUCCCAUCAACAUUAUACAAUAGUUCAUGAACCAGUAACAUCAAUCAUCAGAUAUAAACUCAAACGAAUUCUCAGCUGUUCCAUAAAAGAAAUAGAACAAAAUUGGACGUCAAUAACAAUUUACAAUCACACCAACUAUGAAAUAUUUAAUACAGUACCUAAUUCUCAGUAUAGUAUACAAGUUUUGGUUGAUGGUAAUGAAAAAAAUACUACUCAACAAGAAAAUAUGAUCGACGUUUUAACACCUCCAUCAAACCCAAAAACCGAACCUUUAUUAGAUCCUGAGCAUCCAAUAUAUAUCACUAAUAACUCUAUAUUUGUUCAAUGGAAAGUUGAUUCAAAAAAUUGCUCAAAGCUUAAUGGAUUUUUAUCUCAAUUUUAUAUUGAACUAAAGGAGAAGGUUGAUAACAUUUUACAAGUAAGAGAAACGAAAAAUAAUUACAUUUCCUUUGAUGACCUAAAAUCAAACACACCUUAUGAACUGAAAGUAUUUAUAAAAACACACAUUGGUUAUAAUCCUGAACAUUUUCUAUUCGUUAAUUUUAGGACUAAAUUUGAAAAUUUAAAACCAAUUGAAGAUUUAGUAGUUUAUAAAAAGAGUUUAAAAAAUCGUAUGGUAGGAUUUCGUUGGAGUUAUUCACAAGAUACAAAUUUAGACGGAUUUAUAGUUUCGUUUGAUGAGAAUCUUUUAAUUAACACGAAAACCGCUACUAUCAUACCACCACAGAAAUGCUCGGCGUGGCCAGAAUACUAUUGUCAUACAUUUUAUAAUUUGAGUCCUAGCAGUAAUUACACAUUUAAAAUAAAGCCAAAGUCAAUAGAUUAUCCAGAAGGUGGUAAGGUCUCGUCAAUUUAUUUUAGCAGCAUCGAUGGACUACCUGAUUCUCCAAUGAAUAUAAAAACAACCGAAAUUGGUAAUACUAAUAUAUCUAUCGAAUGGGAUAUUCCUUGGAUAUUCAACGGUGAUUUGAAAAUGUUCAUUAUAAACGUCGAAGAAAUUUCAUCAAUAAAUAUGGAUACGUGUUGCAUUAGCAUUGCACCAACAGAAAUUCCAGUUUAUGAAGAAUUACCUACUUAUAACUAUACGAUAACUGGCCUGCAACCCGGAUCAACAUAUUCAGUUGGAGUUUUAACUGUAUCCAAAUCAUUGUGGUACAGUUCACCAUCUAGGCUAUCAGUUACAACGAUAUAAGAAAUGUAACUAUUAUUAUAAAUAUUAAUACUACUGUUUCUAAGUUUUUGUUUUUUCUGUCAAACAUUUAUGAAUUUAUUAUAUAUUUUUGUAAUUUAUAAGACACAAUAUUAUGAAAUUAAUAAUGUAGUAUAACUAGUAUAGUAUUCACAUAUACUAUUGUUGUCAAGUACAUAGUUUAAUCAUUAAUAAAUUAAUAUUAUUUAAUUUUUACUAGUACCAAUAAAUAAUUAUUUAGUACAUUCAA